AUGGCAUUGAAGACUUUAUUCUAUUUGCCUUUGAUCAAACUAGAUAUGCAAGUCGAACAUAGUGAAGAAGAUGAUGACGAUGAAGGAGUUGAAGGAGAAGACGAAGAGACAAAGAAAGAUGCAGAAGAAGACGAUGAUAAUGAAAGCAAUGAUCCUGAAUAUGAGAACGAUGAAAAUGAGUUUGCAUUCUUCACCACCGAUUGUGCGACCACCGACGCCACCUUAGUCAUCGAUACCAUCAAUGUUCACUCUUAUGUCCACAUCGACCGCUACUCUAUUCAAUCCACAGGAAACGCUGCCAACUCUAACUACCAUCACAGCACUUUAGCAAAGACUAGAGUGACUCCAACCAUCAUGAGAAUAAUCAAAAGUCACUUCAGUGGGCCUUGGCCGACAUGGAAGUUGAUUCCUACCAUUGUGAAAGAAGCCAUGUGGCGUAAAUUUAAGAAGUCGUUUACAUGGGCUGAUACUGAUGCUUCGAUGGUCUACAACAUAUGGGAGAAGAUUUACAAAGAUCAAUUAAAAGAUCUGUUAGCAGACAAGCAUGAGAAAGCCAAGAAGGACACGAGCACUCGUCAUGAUCUCCUUUUGACAAAGGGAAGGCACACCCUUAGAUCACAAUAG